AUGAAAUAGCAGGCAAAAAAGUUACCACCGAAUAAGCUUUCGGGGUUUCUACCACUGCUAAAGAACUAUAACUUGACUGUGCUUGUACUCAGCUUCUUAAAACGAUCAAAACUUCUCAGAUAAAUUUCAAGAGUCUGCAGAGGAGCGAGAGCCAUUAUAUUCAGUUCUCUUAUCUGGUCUAGAUUUAUAGUUGACACACAUAUCUCUCCAUUGAUUCCUAAUUUUAAAAGCUUGAAUAGGUUCUUCUAAGAGAAGCUAAAGGAUUAUGAGUACUUGCAAGUGCUUGAUAUGAGUAAUGUCAUUAUUAAGAAGCCAGACAAAGUGCACAGAGAUUUCUUUGCCAAAACUAUGAAACUCUUAUCUAAAUCUCUGCUUGAGUUUUAUCACCCUAAGUGGCUACCUUGCAAUGAAUACAUUAAACCUCUGAUUGAUUUAAAGUUCAGUAAACUCAAGAUACUUCACUUGCCUAAACUCUAUACUUGUGGUGACACUACUAACUAUAUAUAAAAUCUGAGUAAGACUUGUCCUAGACUGCAGCAGGUAUCCUUUAUCAUAGAUGAAUAGAUAGAAUCUUUGCCAAUCGAUAGUCUUUUUUAAAAGAGCGAAUUUCUCACAGAAUUAGUGAUUAAGUUUGACUUGCCCAGAUACCUACUAGAAACUGGCUCAGAAUCUAGAUUACCCACUCCUCAAACUGAGCCACUGUACAUGAGUUGGAUUGAUUAAUAUCUGCUUUUCACAGAUGCCAUCAAUCUCGAACACUUAGAGAUAAAAAGGAGACUUAAGUUUAGAACGAUUGCUUCAAAGUAGAGCUAGCUCUUCAAGAGGCUCUAGGAUUCGCAUCACUACCCAUUAGGGCUUAAGGGAAGGCUUAAAAUCUCUAACCUUAAAACUCUUAUAAUAGAGGAGUACUUUAGCAUAUAUCUUAUCAUAGAUCUAGUCUAGAUUAACAGAUAACUGAAACAUCUGAGAUUGAAAAGGAAGUCUUUUGAUUAGUAGCUUAUUCUCUCAGACACUUUAUUCUUGGAAAUGAUUGAUGUGAAGCUUAACUAGAAGGCUACUCUAGUCUUAGGUGAAAAUCUAAGUCUGACUUAAGUAAACCUAAACUGUCAGAUAGAGAUGAAUAAUCACUUGCCAAAGUUCACUGAGAUCAUCUUUAAGGCAGGAUAUAGACCAUCUUUGAGUGAAUGUGAGCAGAUUAGCAAAUAUUCCAUUAAUAUUCAGAAGAUUAUCUGCCAGAAAAGACAAAUAGAAGAUACUGAUGUGGCUAAUCCAAUGAGAGCUAAUCUCAACAAAAAGGAUAAUGAAUUCGCUCUCUUACAACUGAUAGGCAUGAUCAACGGAAACACAUCAAUCAGUAAGCUUAAUGAGUUUGAGUUUCACAACUCUUAGACUAGCAUAUUAUCAGUUUAGGACAAUUUAUAGAAUCUAAAGUUGCAUAAAUGCAGUGGGCUCUAAUAAUUACAUUUGAACAAUGCUACAAAACUUGAGAGUAUGUAUAUAUAUGCUCCUCAACUAGAGAUUGUCCAAUUAUCCUAGCCAAGUCACUAUUAAAAAUUGACUACAGUAUAGAUUCAAACUCACCAAAGCAAUUAAGUAGGGAAUUUAGGGCAAAUUUUAAGUCUAAAAGCAUUAAGAGUCCUUACUUACUAAUGCAAUUUUUACUAGAAAUCAGCUAUAAAGAAGUAAAUGCGUUUAACUAUAGAGUCCUAAAGUCUUGAAGUGAUCAGACUCUUGCAUACUGGCGAUCAGUAAUCUAAUGUGACUCAAAUCAGCUUCAUCAACAGUCCUAAGCUAACCGAGAUAUGCUUGGAAAAGUUUGGACUAUUAAAGCAAGUGAAAACAGACUUAACUACAUGCAAUAUUAAGAACCUAUUCCUGAGAUAUUUGUCUGGCUACUUUAGAAAACUGCUGCUUUACUCCUCAUUUCAUUUGCGAAACUUCGAGUUAUUCUUAUAGUCUCAUUUGGAACUCUCCCAAAUAGUGAACUCAGAUGAGAACUACUAUGACUUCAAGUUCUGCGACUCUGAGAACAUCCACCGCUCUGAGUAAAAAGCGCAUAGUCCUAGUGAUAAUCUGAAGUACUUCAAGUAUCUGAUGAACUUUCAAUCUGGAUUCCCAACUAAGGCAGGCAUGAAGUGGAAAAGCGGGCAAUCUCAGAUAUACUUCAGAAACUAAAACCAGGGAAAGGAAAGAUCAACUGACUUAACCAAGAAGCUUUUUCCCUUUUUAUAUAAGAUUAUGCAGGAAGAUUUGUAUCAGAAUGGCUAUGGAAUACCAGUUGAGAGAGAUGCUUCUGAUAAAUUUGAAAGCAAGAGGGGCACUCUGUUUCAGAAGAAGAGCUACAAGCAGUAUAUGAAUGUGAAGGAAAGCAUCAAAGAGAAGGAGGUGUUCCCCAGAGAGGGAGUGGAUACUUUUGAUUAUGAGGCGCAGCUGUAUUUAAAUUAAUAGCAAGAACUAGAAAAAUAAAUGCACAUUGAUUGA